AUGGCGCAGCAUCAAGAACUUAAAAGAAAAGAAAGUCCUUCUUGUCAGACAGGAAGAAAUCAUGCUCCCCCUCCUCUUAGUAUUGAAGUACCUAAAAUGAGAAAUCUUUCAAAAAAGUCAAAACCUUGGAGUGAUGUUCAGCUUCCAGUUGACAUUCUUCUGUUGACAGUGGAGGAUUGCGAGUUCCUGUCCUGUUAUGCAUACUUGAAUAAUUCCUUUAAAAGCUACCACAAUAACCUUGGAUAUGUGUACUUUGGAACCAUUGGUGAAAGUGGAGAGGAGGUGCUGAAAGUUGCUCUGAUGAGAUGUUCUAAAGGUUCUUCUGGUCCAAGUGGCUCUCUAGUCACUGUCAAGAAUGCAGUUGCUCAGUUGAGACCCAAGGCUGUUUUUACUGUUGGGUAUUGCAGGGGUUUGAACCCCCAAGACACCAAGCUUGGUGAUGUAGUGGUAUCCUCUAAGCUUACAACUGAAGAAUUCUCAACCCCAGUAACAAGGAAUAUUGGCAAACUUAUCUUGUUUUCAUCUGAAGGCUGGGAUCCACCAACAACAGCUGAGGAGGAAGUAAAAGUACAUUCUGACAGUGAAAUAUUCAGUGGCAUAAAUGAUCCAGUCGAUGCAAAAAAACGUCGCAUGAAAGCAGCUGAAAAGGAAGGGGAAGGUAACAUUUUAAUAUAUUACUAACUAAUUAACUUUAAUUUUUCUCUAUAUUAAAUUAUUGUAUUGCCCUUUUGUUUUCCCUUUUUACCGCUUUGCUCAUACAUUGUAUUCGUAGUGUUUUUAUCACAUUUCUCUUUCGUUAAUUGCAUGGCCUUUUGUUUGUUCUGUACGCGUCCUCCCUUACUCAUGCAGGUCAGUCACAUUAGCAUUAUUAUUUGGGUGACACCCAAAUAGAGUUUUCGAGAUUGCUUGUGUUGAUUCUAAGUUGCAAUUAAAGGCACACAGUACGUGUGAAUGUAAACAUUAGUCAAUAAGCAACAUAUUAAUGUCUGCCACCUGAAAAACUCGUGCAAGGUUAAUUGUCCUUUUUUACUGUACAAACUUUUCAUUGCCAGUAAGCACAUUUCCUCUCAGAGGACAAAUUUUUGCUUGUAAAAGAUAAAGUUAAGCUUAUGGUAUUCUUUAUCUUACCUAGAAGCAGUGAGCGAUUUUUCUUUCUUGUUAUUUGGUGUCUGGAUGCCUUAGACCUCUGAGACCUGAGAAAAUUCACUUACUAUUUUUGUUCUGAUUUGUUUUUGUAAUUGUUCUGUUUAAUAGGACUGUUUGCUGCAGCCCAAGAUGUAAAUAUUGAAUGGGUGAUUGUUAAAGGGAUAUCACAUUUUUCUAAUGAUGGCAAUGCUCCUAGUGAGUCCUGGAAGUCAUUUUCUUCCAUCAUGGCAGCUUCUCUUGUGUUCAACAUGUUAAAUGAUCCAGCUGUAUUUAAAGAAUGGCCUCACUAUGAAGGUAUUUCACAUCGAUCCCUGUUCUUAGAUAUUUAUUAAUAGUGACAAAUUUUCUGUUCAGGUAAUUCUAUUUUUAUUUAUGAACAUCUAAAAUGGUUGCAGUUUUAGUGAAAAAAGUUUUAUUUAUUUAUUUAUUUAUUUAUUAUUUUCCCACAAUAAAGAUUACACAAGCAUUACAUUAUACAAAGAUGUGGCGAGGGGACCUCAGAAAACCACAAGGCUUGUACGAGGAGGCCCCCUCGUUACAAUAAUAUUAAGCAAUAGAACUAUAACAACACACAACAACGGACAGUACAAGACGCAUUAUCGAUAUAGUAGAAAAUCAAAAACUUUCGUUUUAAACGAUUGCAAUGUAAAAAUCGAAGUGACUGAGUUUGGUAAAGAAUUCCAAAUUUUGGGCCUUGGAACAAAAUAGAAAAAUUGUUUGGUGUUAGUUCGGCAGGCAUGAGAACGGAAAUGCGAGGAACUUCUAGUAUUAUAAUUAUGAAUAUUGCUACUAGUAACAAAAAGGUUCGAAAAAAAAGCGGUGGCAGUAAUUGAUGAUAAUAUGAAAACAUAAAUUGCGCAGUAUAGAAUGAAUUAAUGUUGUAUAUGUCCAAAAUCUUUAAACGGAAAAAUAAUGGUUCAGAGUGCGCGCGAAAAUCUGCAUUUGUAAUAAUUCGUACUGCUCGCUUUUGUAGAAGAAAAAUUCUAUUAAGGUUUGUUACAUAAGUGGAGGACCAAACUGUGGUACAAUAUGUUAAAUAAGGAUAAAUUAAGGUAUAAUAAAGAGACUUUUUUUUGUUGUUUCAGAAAGAAAGAAACGAGACCUAAACAUGACGCCAAUAGAUUUUGAAAUUUUCUUACAUAUAUAAGUAAUAUGCGGCUUCCACGUUAGAUGCUCGUCGAUAAAAACCCUAAAAAUUUAACUACCUUUACUUGUUUUAAUAAAACCUCAUCGUACAAGACAGGAUUUAUUGGGAAGCCGACUGGUUUUUGCCUUGCUGCAAAAAUGAUAUAAUUAGUUUUCGUUAUGUUAACAGAGAGCUUAUUUGCUUUCAUAAAAGAUCAAUUUGAGAUAAAUCAUUAUUUACGGCAGAAAUAGCACAAUUUAAAUCGGGAUUAGAAUAAAACACACUAGUAUCAUCUGCAAAAAGCAUAGUUUCAGCAAGACGAGUAGCACAAGGGAGGUCAUUGAUAUACAAAACAAACAAUAAUGGUCCUAAUAUAGAACCUUGAGGGACUCCACAGCUCAGAGUCAGCCUAAUAGAACAAGUCUCUUUGUACUGGACGAACUGCACGCGAUUUGACAAAUAGCUUUUCAACCAGCUAAGUGCUAGCCCAUGAAUCCCAUAAUGCUCAAGCUUAGACAAGAGUAUUUGAUGGUCUAAAGUAUCAAAUGCUUUUGAUAAGUCUAAGAAUAUGCCAACUGUAUAUUCGCUUCUGUCAAUAGCAGUUGCAAUUUUAUUAAUAAGAUGAAUUAAAGACAGCGCUGUAGAAUAUUUUUUACGAAAUCCAAAUUGGCAACAGUAUAAGAUAUCUAAACGAUCUAAAAAAUUUGUAAUACGAUUGUGCAUAACUCUUUCAAAGAAUUUAGAAAAAUUAGAAAGAAGCGAAAUUGGACGGUAGUUAGUGAAAUACUGGGAAUCACCAGCUUUAAAUACCGGAAUCAGUUUAGCAAUUUUCAAUUCAUCAGGGAAUACUCCUUUAAUAAGAGACAAAUUGAUUACAUUGGCCAAAGGCUGAGAAAUGAGAUCAAAGGUGCUUUUUAUUAUAUCCAUUGAAACGUUAUCAUAUCCAGGCGACUUUCCAGAUUUAAAAGAGUUGCAUAUUUGAUUUAGUUCCGAAAUAUUAGUUGGAUUUAAGAUAAGCGACUCAUUAACAGAAACGCCAAGAAAACUACGAAAAGAUACUUGUGUGUCUGGAAUUUUCCUUGCUAAAUUCGGACCUAUGUUGGUGAAGAACUUACAAAAGCAGUUAGCUAUUUCUUGUGGAUCAUUUAACAGUUUUCCAUCAGAGAAAAAGGAAUUUGGCAGAGCUGCUUUUCUGCUCGGUUUGUUGAUUACAUCAUUGAUUAGUUUCCAAGUUUCUUUCAGGUUAUUUUUAGCCUUCUCAAAUUUUGUAUCAUAGUACUUUCGUUUAGCAAUUUUUAUAAGAUGAUUCAGUUUGUUCCGAUAGCGUUUGUAUUUUAACUCAGUAGUUGAGUCCCUAGAAUUAAUGAACUGCUUAUAGAGUUUAUCUUUUUUCCUGAUAGAAACAAGCAGAGAUUGCGUUAUCCAAGGGGAGCGCAUUACUUUCUUUGUUUUAAGUUUUAUCGUUUUUAAUGGAAAGCUUUCAUUGUAUAAUCGAACAUACUCACUCACAAAACUAUUAUAACAUUCAUUAGUAUCGCUUUCAUCGAAACGUAAAUUCCAAUUAACACGAGAAAGAGAGAGCCGAAAAUUGCUCUUAUUUCUUUCUGAAAAAUCUCUUUUAGUGAGAUAUUUAGUUUGGCUAUUUUUCGACGCUAUUUCUGUCUCAUCCACUUCAUAAACAAAAACCGGUAGAUGGUCAGAAAUAUCAUUAAUAACAAUACCAUUGAAAUGUUUACACCUUACAUUAUUCGUGAAUAUAUUAUCAAUAAGUUAUUGAAUACAUGGACUGCCACAAAAUUUCUAGUGACCCUUUGCGCUAUAGUAUUGCUGUCAAGUACUUUAAUUAAAAGUACAUGUACUGGCAUGCACAUUGAAUAGAAGAUACUGUUAAACAGUUUUUCAAGUGAAUGUUGACUGUGAGUGUAGCAAUGACAGUUGCCUUCCUAACCAUAUCUGAGGAAUUUACAAUUUUUGCAAGAAAAUGAUUCUUGAAGUUUUAAUUUCUGAUGCUUGUGCCUGAAAAACUGCUUGAAGGAGAUAAAAAAAACCCACAUACACCAGGUUACCAACUCAGACAAAAAAAUUGGAAUAAAAAUUGUGUUAUGUUCCCACCCAGAAACCCAGAUUAUUUUGUCAGUCAAUUUAGUUGAGGGUAUAAGAUAUGUCCCAUUUAUAAGUCCUGACAGCUCCCUUCCACAUUCUCUUUUGAGCAGAGUUUGAGGUCUACACACUCUUUGUGCUCAGGGGAAAAUGAGGAUUGAUAAUUUACAGCAUGGGCCAAGAAAACAAGGCUUUUAGCAGCACAAUUGGAAAAAGGAAAAGAUCUUUUCUGGUUAAGUUUGGCCUGUACAAUUAGUCAGGGAAGUGAAAAAUUGACGAAUGAAAAAUGACUUAUGAUAAGGAAUUAUCAGGAGAGGAUCUAGGAUAAAUAUUGACCAAUUUCCUAAAUGAGCGCUGAAGGCAAAAGCUUCUAGGAAUUUCCAGAAAGAUGCUCCCCCAAGAAGUUUUCUGGAUUUAAUCUCCCAAAGUCCCCUUUCCUGGGUUUCUGAGUAAUUCAGACAGGAUAUUGGCCAGUUCCAUGCUUCUCUCUUGAGGCAGGAUAGAGUUGCUAAUGCCAGUAAAUUGGAAAAAUAAAAUUUGUCUAAACCAUUUUCCAGAUUACGACUUUUAAUUGGAAAGUUUUUUGAACUAUAUUCAGGGCUCAAAAUAACGGCCGGUCGACGGACAAUGUCCGGCCUGAUCGUGGGCUUGACCGGUCAAACUCUCGUCUGGCCGGUCAUUUUGACCGGUCAUUUUUGGAUGCUUGUCGCUUAAUGCGUUUUGCUCUAUAACGCUGUAAUUCGCUGCUUUCUUUGGCUUUUUUUGCUGCUUUGCACUAAACCCUUUAAAGAAAAACGUUCUGCUUUGCUGUGAUCAGUAAUGCGACCUUCUUUGGGAAAACAUACGCUAACAAUAAUCCGUUAUGUUUUAGAAAACUAAAGGAUCGCUCGUCCUGUACUGUUUCUGUGAGAAUAAAUUUCAGCGCAUCGAUUUAUUAUAAUUAUUUCUUUAUGUCGAACAUGAUCUCGUUUGCAGACUCGAUUCCAGAAUUGUCUGAUAAAAACUAAGCUAAUCGAGAACGAACGUCGCCUAUCUCGGCGCUUAAAAUCCUACUUCUUGAUAAGCUGUCCACGAUACGACCCAAACAAAAGCUCUGCUGUAUAUUUAUUGACUUCUGAUGACGAAUACGCUGUUUGUGGAACAAAUUUCUUGCCAAAUCAACUUCUUUGCCGCAAAUAUUUAGCGACAAAAUUCUUCUUUGUGGAGGAGACUUUCGAUCACUUGCCGGGCAACGAAAAGGAUCAAGUUUGACCCAUAGCAGAUAUAGGACGAACCUUGGAGACUUUCGACACCGCCGUACGAUGAUACUCAAGGUAUAUAUAAACGGACAUAAAACGGGCGAAAAUCGCGGAAAGGAACUCAACAACGUGUGAAUGAAUUUUUCACCAACUUGCCGGCAAAAACCUGAACGACAAUGCUGUACAAUGAUCUACUGCCAGCGUAAUUCGAUAUUCCAGGGGCAAAAAAAAAUUAUAAUAUUCAUUAAUUCGACCGGCCAAAAUCGGGGUUUGUCCGGGCUAAAAAAUAUUUGGCCGGUCAUCAUGACCGGCGACCGACCUGCUGUCCGUUAUUUUGAGCCUUGAUAUUUAUCAUGAAAAAUGUGACAGAUUUUUGUAAAAUGGUGCAAACCAGUGUUGAUCUGUGCCUCUCCCUAUUGUUUAAUGGUAAGGAACUGAGGUAUUCAGUUGGUGCUAGUGCGCAUUAGAGUCCUAAACCGAAUGUGAUAGGUUGCUGAUGGCUAGCACACUUAUGUAAUGGGGACAUAAAACAGCUAACUGCAGAUAAAAUGUACCUUACCAAAUAUUUCAUAUUUUUCUGAAAUUUCACAGACCAGUCAAUGAAUAAGCAGCCUACAAGUGAGCCCAAGAAAAAGUUACCAGGUACCAUUCUAUGGAAUCAAUAAUACCAAGAAUAUUAUCUAACGUACUGAAGUUAUAGUAACACUGAUUUCAAUAUGAUUUCAAUAUUUUGAGGAUUCAAUGCUGAGAUUUCAUGAACAGACAGGUUACAGCCAGAUGAGAGGUCAGAACUGCAAUAACUGUACCUGCUAAAGGUGUGGGCGGCCUGGUACAGUGUAGCUUGCCAUGUGACACUAACCACUAUUAAAAUCUUGUAUCAUGUCCCAGUGAAUAUCUACUCACUUGAACCUAUUCCAGAUGGAGAUAAAAAUUAGUUGAAUCUCAGGCAGUUUAAUUUUCAGAGGUGUGCGGUUGUGAUGUAAGUCCUGUUAUUUGAACUCUAACCCUAAUCCUACCCACCUGCACCAAACUGCAAAUCAAACCCAACUGUGGAAUCUUAAGAUUGAAUCCUAAAAAGGUAUCACCUAAUAACACAACAGAAUAAUUAAGGAAAAAUAUUCAUACCAACAUUAAAGUAACUAAUUAGCAACAACCUUUAAUGUAAUAACUAAUAUUAGUAAAUACAAAAUUAUUGUAGUUGUAAUAUAUUAAUUAAAUUAUCUAUACUGCGGGGUUGUCAAAAGUAGCCGGCUGCUGGCGAAAAUCGUCGCGUACUUGGUUAGUAGCGACCGGCUACUCUGCUUGGCAUUUCUUUAUGGAUAGCAUUUUUAAAUACUUCAAAACUUUCUGACAACCCUGAUAAAACUGUAACAUAACUAGGAGACGUUUAUCAACUAGUUGUGCUAUUUGCACUAUGCACAUGUUUAGCCUCCCGGAAGACUUUCUUAGGGCUUCGUAACCCGUGGGGUAGGUACACAUAACGAAACCCUACAAACAUCUGUGCAGGAGGCUAGUGCAUAUUCUGUAAGUUAACUGUUUCAUAUUUUUCUCAAGCCAAAAGCAUUUUAUUUAUUUAUUUUUAACUUAUAAAAGUUCUUUUUAUGUAAUUAAAAUCUUUUAACAGAUUCUGAAUGCCUUGAGAAGUGCCAGAAACGUCUGAAAAUGAUUUAUAGAGAAAAGAGCAAAGUCAGAAUCAUUCCAUGGGACCAAAACUCUGCUGUUGAUAUUGAUGAGAUGUACACACAGUUAACUUGGCUUAAGGAUCACAGGAAACCCAGUGGUGUGACACAAAACAAGCUUGGAAGCUACACAGAGAUAUUCAAUGGUGGAGGGCGACUUUUGGUUUAUGGUAGGCCAGGUAUGCACUCUUAAUUUUUUAGUUCAAGCACUGCAAGCAGAAUUGAAUGCAUUAACUAAGGAAUUUAAAAAGUACCAAGUGAUAUUUCCCUGGAGGGGUACUCAAGAAAUGUUUAUAUGGGGAGGCUCUGCCCUGAGGUCCAACCCCUUACCCUUUUAUAUACCAUUUUUCACAUACCUUGUUUAGAACUUUGCAUCCCUUGUAACUGCUGUAAAUGCACUAUCCUUUAAUUUGGAAUCAGUCACAAAAAUAGCAUGUUUUCUCGACUUUUAAAAACCUUAAAUUUAUCUGUUAGCCCUCCUGGGCCCUUUUACAGACCCAAAUGACAGAUUUCCCCACCCGUUUACAUACUACAACUAGUGAAAUCCCUACCCUUUCAUAUACCUGAAGCCUGAAAAAGGUACCCCUUUUGGGCAGAGCCUCCCUGUAUAGGCCAUCAUAGGGAGUACCCCCCCUCCCCCGGGAUAUUUCAAACGAUUCUUGCCUAACAAUCCUAGCCUCAUAAUCCUUCUUCAGUUGAGUGUAUUUUACUGUUGAAGCCCAAAUUACACCGCUCUGUAACAGACCCAGUGGAAUCUAUAUCUUCAGUGGGUUCUCGGAGAAAAAGUCACUGGGUUGGUUUAUUUUCCACUGGGUUUUUCAACUUAGUUGUGUAUUUCCCAUAAAAGCGUGAAGGGGUGGCAGGUCUUACAUUUUUACAGGCAUGAAAACUUUGAACACUUUAUAUAAACGAUUUACAGUUUUUUAUGCGAGACUGACUACUUGUACCCUCCCUAUUUUUUUUUCUAAAUGGUAAUAAUGUUUUAUAUCUUUGCUUCUUUUAAACAAAUAUGAGCAACGAAAUACACUGGUCUUGAAGAAGUCGUGACAGAAAAUGACUGGGGAAGCAAAAAGUCAGCCGGGUAGAAACAAACUAUUUCCCGGGUAUUGGGGAGGCUAAAUUAUCACUGGGUAGACUGGAUUAAACCACUGGGUACGGUUUCACUGGGUCUUUUACAGAGGGGUGUCAAAUUUGUGCAGGUUCCUGAGUGCCUCAUAAAAAGGUGGCCUUAAAUUAAAAAUCAGGGGCACCCAACAACUUUUCUUAAAUUAAAAUAACUGAUCAGAGAAGCAAAUAUUGCCUAGAAAUGUCCUGUUUUAAAGCUGUCGGAAGGGUAUAAACAACGUCUAAGAUAUUUUGAGUUUUCUACUUAUUACUCACCAACUUUCGGGGGUCGUUUUUUAUACUUUUUUCCCCAAGAUAUCGCCAUUACCGUUCAAAAAAGGUUUCCUGAAAAUUUCUGUAUUUCUAUGAACAUAUGGCAAUUGUCCUCAAACUUUCGACGAGACCCAUCAGGGAAGCAAACAGUUUUGGAUGAGGUGAAAAACCCACCUAAAACUUUCGUGACGACCAAAGUUUACCUUACCCUGCGAGCAGAAGCUACAUCCAGCUCAUAUAAUGGAAAUGACAAGACAUCUGAGAAGAUAAAUAGUUUUAAGGGCAGAUCAAAAUUAAUCAACCAUUCUUCUCAAGCAUGGAGAAAACCAUUUGAUUCACUUCUAACCCAUUUUGAAACAUUCGGUCGUAUGGGUGCCCCUGUUGAAAUUCCCAUGGGCAGGAAUAUCAUUUUCCUAGAGUCCAAAAAUAAAUACAUACUCAAUGGCACUCAUACCAUUUUCCACGGUGUGAAAAUAAGCAAAUUCCAGUUCUUAUGCUUGUCAGUUGCUGUCUCAUGAUUCAGAUAUUUUUAAAAAGCUAGUAUUUGGUUGGCGCUAAAAAUCUUCUCAUAAACUUUAUUUUCAAUGAUUUUCAGGCUGAAAGCUCUUGUUUCAUAAGUGAUUGUAUCUAUUAAUGUGUUUUAUCUCAGAAGUAGUUGAAUCAGAAAUUAUUUCUCUAAUUGUUGUUCAUUUGUUGUUAUCCAGGUAUUGGUAAGACUGUUUUUACCAAGAAAGCCGCUUUUGACUGGUCCCAGCAGAAAUAUCAAGAAACGAUAGGAGCCUUUGAACUUGUCCUUCUGAUAAGAUUACGUGAUGUCUGUAAUCUCCUUGAUGUUCCGUCCAUUUUUAAGGCUUCUCAGCUGCUCGCCAAUGAUGGCAAAAUUUCUGUUGAUGAUCUGUACGACUACGUUGUUAAUCAUCAAGAAAUGGUCUUGCUCAUCUUGGAUGGCUACGAUGAGUACACCUGUGCAGGGAAACAAUCGCCUGUUGAUGAAAUUUGGAAGAGAAAUCAACUGAGUGACUGCUGUAUUAUAGUCACCUCGAGACAAAUGGCAACUGACAAGUUGAGAUUGCCUAGUGAUGCCCAAUUUGAGAUUAACGGGUUUGACGAUGAACGCCAGCGAGAGUUUGCUCGAAGAUUUUUGAAAGAUGAAAAUGAUGUUCAAGAGUUCCGUAACUACUUGUGGCAACAAGACCUUAAAGACUUGGCGGAGGUUCCACUUCUUCUACUGAUUUUGUGUCUACUCUGGAAAGAAAAAGAUCGGAAAGAACUACCCAAGAAACGCGUAGAAAUCUUCAAUCAGUUCGUUAAGACUUUGUUUCAUCACGUGCGUGAAAAACGAAAACGGUCUGCCGAAUCGGUGUUUAACAUUGAGGAUUACUCGGAAGAAUUAUAUGCAUUAGGGCGCUUGGCCUUUGAAGCUCUCAUCAACGGUUGCCUGUACUUCCCGAAAAGUGAAUUACCUAACUACGUUCUUAUCGAGAGGUUGAUUGAAGUGGGCCUUUUUCAGGUUUUAAAUAUGUCAAGUUUGAAUCCUGAAAAAGGUGUGUUUUUCAUUCAUAAAUCCUUUCAAGAAUACUUCGCGGGAAGGUUCCUGAAAGAAGAACUGAUAUUAUCUAAAAAGAAUGAAAUUACAAAUUCCCUGUCAAAGCUGGACUCAGUUGAAAAGAUCCGUAAGAUGUGCGAAGUGUUAAGAUUUGCUGGUGAGCUGUCAGAAGAAGCCGCGCGCGAGAUUGUGAUUCACCUGAUGAAAAUGGCGGCGAACGAAGGGCUCACGAAGUACACCCUCGACAGCGAAGCACCGUCAGCGGAGGAUUUUUCAGCAGAACAAAGAAGUUUUCUAAGACUCUCCACAGAGUUGUUUUUCUACUGUUCAGCUGAGACAAAAAGAAACCUCUUUCCUACAUUUCUUUCCUCUUUCAGAGGAGUUCUUUUAAUUGAACCAGACCAGCUAAAUGAUCUUGUGAAAGAAAAGUUAGUUGAAACUACCGUAAACGUAAAUUACGUUUUUUUCACCGAUCAGCAUGGGUACAAGACAAAGCGAGACUAUACAGAGGAAGACUAUAAAAACCUAACAAUUUUAUCUGAACAAUUAAAGGCUUUCAUUGGAAGUUGUUCAGGAGAAAAGAAAGCAUCAGAAUUUUUAGGCAACUUCACAUGGUGUCGAGUUGAUGAAUUUUUCGUAAAGAAAGAAGAAAACAACACUCACCUGUAUUUUACACAAAUUAGUAGAGAUAGAUCCGGUUGUCUUGCUCAUGAUAUAAAGGCGCUAAUAAGUAAACAAGAGACAACAAAGAAGACAAACAUGAAUGGUGAUGAGUCAAGUGAAGAGAGCAGCAGCAGCGGCAGCUGUUGUUCAAAGCGUCAUGGUCUCUCCAGGGUUCGGAGGAUUGAUGCUCAGUAUGUGAACAGGUCAGAGGUGGAACAGCUGAUUGAGAUGAUGCCGUUUAUCACCGCUCCACACGAUAUACUGGUUGUGGGUGAAGACGGUGAAGUGUUUGAUGCUGAGUUAACAGAGUCUCUGCUGAGGAGCAUUCAACCAACACACAAACUGAAGGAAUUAACUCUCCAGUGUAUCAAUUUAACAUCAUCACCUGCCGUGGAGUUCAUCGACAGUUUAUUUAAAAAAGCUCCAAACUUGGAGUGGCUCGACAUGUCAGACAAUCCUCUUCUGGGUGCAGGAGUCGACAGCUUGAUUAAACAUCUCAGCUGUGCUCCUCACCUGAAGUAUCUGUUCCUUAAAGAUGUGAAGAUGACUCCACAGCAGGUGAAGGAUCUCAUAUCAGCCGUCGAGCAGCACGGCAACAUCGCUGAACUGGAGUCAUCCUACCACAGCUGGAGUAAUCCUGCCUAUGUUUGGCGGCAAGUCUCUGUCCCCUUUUAAACUUGUGGGAGUCUACAUCGAUUGUUUGUUUCAGACUUAGUUUCCCCUGAUAAUAGAAAAGAAAAGACAAACAAUCAGUUGUUUACAGUCAUUAUAAAGGUAGACAGUGCAUUAAUUCUACAUACAGUAUAUAUGGUUACCUUUCCCUCCCCACCCCAUUUUCCCCCCCGUCAAGUUACCUGAAAGAGUUUUUCAGUCUACUAGAGAAGUAAAGUUUUUAUUUAUUCCGUUUUUUCGCUGGUGAAUGGCAUAGUAAGUGUCAUUUAGAUGCAUUCACAUGUUUUGCUCGUGGCUUAGAAUUUGAAAUUUGAAUGCAACUUUCGUCAUUCUUAUUCUGCGUUAGACUGGUUUUUAAGGUUGCGGCGAACUGAAUAAUUCAGCAAGGGAUUUGAACUCCCCUCAGCUCAUUAGAAUAACCUGUCAGUACGUGUAUGAAGUUUUUACUGCCGGUCAAAGGUGGAAUAAGGAAAUCUUAGGAAAAGUACUUUCAAACCCCUAUUACAUGUAAGCGGUCAGCCACUGGAAAAUAGUGGAGUGGUUGGUUAAUAGAGGUGUUCGAUGUGUGUAUCUUCUUGAAGGAGACAAUUUAAACUUAUUGAUAAUGGAGUCUUCACCUUUCUUUGUCUUCAGUCAGUGAAACAAAACCAUGAGUACACCUUAAAAACUUGCAUUAAAUGUGUUUGUUAUUUUAUCGACGUUUGUUUCAGAAUCAUAAAGGCGAACCCCUUCCUGAAGAUGACUGGCCAUCAGAUGAAUACUGGGAAGAUGAGUUUCCUGACCUCUUUCCUGGUGCAUCAUCUGAAUUAGAGGACGACCAGGAGCAGGUGGGUCAUAGGCAUAAGGUCAAAAGAAAGCAAGUUUUGCCAUAGUCUUCUUUAUUAAAUUCAUUUCAAUUCACUCCGUUUGAUUUUAUUUAAUGUUUUGCAUGUGAUUUACUGCAAAAGUUGAAACUUUCGGGGACUGCACGUGCAGUUCUGUUUUUCCGUCCUUCUGGAAUAAUCAAGGAAAUCCUUUCCUUGAUCAUUGGACGUGUGAAUUGCAUUCAAAGUAACCGGCACUGUCAUUUUGCUCGUCAGUCUCGUGGGUCGUCAGUCUUUUGCUAUGUCAUUAAAAAGGAAAAAAGGAACUGUUCGUAAUAUGUAGGUAAUGAAGGAUAACAAAGGCAUGUGAAUCUUAACAGAAUAACUUCAAAACCGUACACUUCUCAAUGAAGGAUUCCCUUUGAUUUAUAAAUGUAUUUUUUGAUCUUCAAAUUAGUUUUUUGUAAUGAGUGGUGUUUUAAUGUUGUUUUGUGUUUUGUUGCAGGAUGAUUCAUCAGCUGAGCACGACGAUGAGGAA